AUGUGUCGCUUCACCAAAAUGUUGUUGUAUUUCCUCGCGUUCUGCGUGUGUCUCAGCAUUUUUGUUUUCAUUUACUGGAUAAUUCUGGAGCAGUUUCGAAUGGAUGCCGAGCAGCCCUCCAUUCUGAAGCCACCCAGCCUUACCGUAGCCCCUCUGGGUCGCAAUGUGGGCCUGAAGAAGCUCAUCAUGUGGGGUGAGAUUGGGGAGCAGUCAUCGAACAGGCUCCAAAACCAGAUUAGGCGUCUCGUGGGCAAGUACGGCUAUCGGGCCGAGCACCGGCUGAGGGAAUGCAGUUUGGAUCACGCCUACGGAUAUCUCUCGAACAAUCCCUGCGUCCUACUGAAGCUCAACCAGGCCCUCAACUUUGAGGCCAGCACCUACCACGAACGUCGCUCCCUGCCCGAUGCGGUGCCCACGGCUUUGCGCUACUAUCUGAUGGAGAUGGCGCCCGAGCGGCGUGCGAAUAAAAUUUGGGCAUCCUGCGAUUUCGUGUACAAGACUGCGGUGACGACAAUGUCCUUUGUGCCCGAAAUGUUCUACGAUGCCGAUGGCCUGUUCACCAAGGAGAACUUUUACGUUGACCCAAAUACUCCGGAAAACGAAACGGAGCGCGUGAUCCACGAGGAGCCCGGCUAUCGUCGCAUCAUUGGGGUGAAGUUUCACAAUCUGCCACCGAAUAAGGAUGUGCACGUCACCUGCUCGGUGUGGGCCAGGAAUAUCCCGUUGGACUAUGCCACCGUGAGGUUUGUGGUGCACCGUGUGGAUCCGAAGGCCCACAUUGACCCGCUGGACAUUCUGUACGAUGAAAUCGACCUCUACGAUGAAUGA